AUGUCUGCUCUCUCUUUCGGCGAUACUCUCCCUCUACCCAACUCUUCCGUUCGCAUCCCCCGCCUUGGAUUUGGAGUCUAUCAGUCCCCGUCCAGUCUUUGCGAACAAUCAUGCUUGUGUGCCCUACAAGCCGGAUACAGACACAUUGACACUGCGCAAUUCUAUCACAACGAAGCUCAAGUCGGUACGGCGCUGCGCCGAUCGGGUCUCCCUCGCUCUGAAGUGUUCAUUACAACCAAAAUCCUUUCUGCAGGAGGCAGCGUUGAGAAAUCAUACAAAAAGUGUCUCGAGAGCGUGGAGAAGAUUGAUCCGGGCCACGAUGGCUAUGUAGAUCUGUUCUUGAUACACAGUCCCAAUGCGGGAAGCGGUAAGAGAAAAGAAAUGUGGCAGGCUCUUGAAAAACUGUACGAGAAGGGGAAGGCCAAGAGCAUUGGCGUGAGCAACUUCGGGGUUGGACACAUUGAAGAGAUGAAGGAAUAUGCAAAGGUCUGGCCGCCUCAUGUGAAUCAGAUUGAGCUGCAUCCGUGGUGCCAACAACGAACGAUCACAGAAUAUUGCCAGACACGCGGCAUCGUGGUCGAAGCCUACUCACCGCUGGUCCGGAACUACAAAGCCAACGAUCCUACACUGGUCUCCUUGGCCAAGAAACACAACAAGACUACGCCACAGAUCCUCGUGAGAUACUGUUUGCAGAAGAACUGGGUUCCACUGCCGAAGAGUGAUACUCCAGACAGGAUCAAGCAGAAUGCAGAUGUCUACGACUUUGAGCUAUCCCGGGAUGACAUGGCCGCGCUGGAUGCGCUGGACCAAGGGGACGCUGGGGCAAUUGUUCAAGCUGUGCGCAAUGGGUAG